UGUUUUAUUUUACUUUUGUCGCGGACUCUGUGGUUGAUUGACUUUGUAGUUUGCAAAAUUAUUUACUUGUAUUUUCUCUUUUUCUUACUCAUGUUAUUCGGCGGAAAACAAAUGUGUACUUUGUUUUUGUUAUUCAAAUUUUAAAUUAAAGUGCUCAAAUUUGGAUGUGACAUACUACGUAGUAAAAACUGUUUUAGUAGUCUCGUUUACGAGAUAGUGGCAUUUUACCCAGAGUCAAUAGUAAAUAUAUAAUUUGCAUACAGUUUAAACGAUUAGAACCCUAUAUUUGCCCCUAAGAGUUUAAAGGACAAAUCAAUAUGAUGAAUAUCUGUUGAAAUCAAAUACAAUGCCAUGUAUACUCCGAAUCAUACAAGGAAGGAAACCAGAGAUGUGAUGUACCGCAGUAACUCGAGCCUAGACCUAAUAUACGGCGACCAUCCGUCUGGUAAUGGUCUCCGUAGAGAAUAUGGUAGCCACGGCUCCAUCGACGUGAUUGGAGGAGCUUCAAAUGAACGGUUAUCAAUCAUGGUGCAUAAUUACAAUGGUGUGUCUGCUCCAGACAAAAGUCCGGGCCUAUCGCGGACAGAUCGGCUCUCAGACAUGCUUAACAGUGAUCAUGCUGACGGCCCAACACCUCGGGCCAGUGCCAGUCCUAAACCAAGGCUAAAAUUAAACAAACUAUGGGGCAGUGCCGUACCUGCUCUGUCCCGGCAUACAUUCGAUGAUAAGGCGCUAUCGGUGGUGGAAGCAGAGAUAUCUAAAAGGAAACAAUUUGCACAUUAUGAUUGCCAGUCACUCAUGGCAAACUUGAGUUAUGCAGCUGAGAUCCGUGGAGAGUUAUUAAGCCGUCGGAGAAACACAACAACUGGAGCAUCAGCAGCCGCUUUGGCAACGCGAGGUGUCACGCCUGGCGAAGAUUCUGUGAGAACUGUACCUGACAUGGGGGAUGGCCGUUCAAAUGAACUACUUGAAAGUUGUCCAUUCUUCAGAAAUGAACUUGGUGGUGAAGAAGAGAGAUGUGUAGCCUUAUGCUGGCGAACUGCUCGAGGGGCAAUACCGGGUCAAUCUGGUGGUUGGCACAGACCCCGAGCAGCUUAUGGCAUCUCAGUGCUGGAGUUUCCUCCUGGUCACACUCACUGGAGGAAUGGAUGCCCCUUCGGGAGAUCAUUGACACCCUUGCCAGUGGAAAGUCAAGACCUAGGAGCCUUGUACUAUAGAAAUUAUUUUUAUAACCAACCACACCAGAACUGGUUCGGCAUGGACGAGAACCUCGGGCCAAUAGCAGUUUCCAUCAAGAAAGAGCGGGUGGAGUUGCGGCGCGGUGGCGGCGAUGUCUCUGCGCCCGCGUCUCAACUCGCGUGGCAGUACAGACUAAUAAUACGCACGUCUGAGCUGAUCACUUUGCGAGGGUCCUUGCUUGAAGACGCCCUGCCCACCGCCAAGCCUAGCAACAACAGCGCUACUUAUAACACGAAAGAGGUGUUGGAAUAUGUCGCGCCAGAGUUACAAUACAGCUGUUUGAAACUGGGUAUUAAUAAUGGUGGUGCUGAAGAUCAACUCUUACGUCUUGACGAACAAUGUAUAACGAGGCAUUACAAAGUCGGAGUGAUGUAUUGCAAGAGCGGUCAGUCAACAGAAGAAGAAAUGUAUAACAACCAAGAAGCGGGUCCUGCUUUUGUUGAAUUCCUUCAAAUGCUUGGCCAGACAGUGCGGUUAAAAGAAUUUGAUAAGUACAAAGCUGGGCUGGAUAACAGAACAGAUUCAACGGGUUUAUACUCUGUGUACACGACACAUCAAGACUGCGAAAUUAUGUUUCAUGUUUCAACUAUGUUGCCGUACACACCGAACAAUAGGCAGCAGUUGUUACGGAAGCGACAUAUAGGAAAUGACAUAGUAACUAUAGUGUUCCAAGAGCCGGGUGCGGCUCCAUUUACUCCGAGGAACAUUCGAUCACAAUUCCAGCACGUUUUCGUCGUAGUGCGAGCGAUUGAUCCGUGCACAGAGAACACACAUUACAGUAUAGCAGUGAGCCGCGCUAAAGAAGUGCCUUUAUUCGGACCUCCGAUCAAAGAUGGUGCUGUGUAUCCUAAAGGAGAAGUGUUCACGGAUUUGUUAUUGAGUAAGGUCAUAAACGGAGAAAAUGCAGCUAUUCAGUCUCCAAAGUUCAGCACAAUGGCGACUCGAACAAGACAAGAAUAUUUGAAAGACUUAGCAAAAAAUUAUGUCACUGCCACAACGGUCGAAACUGGACAGAAAUUUUCUUUAUUUUCAUCAGUAUUUGCUCUGAAAAGCACGAGCAAUUCGGGCAACUCCUCAGUGCUGCCUCGUGUGGAUAACUGCCACAAUGAUGUGUUAGUUGGCGGAGCUUUAUGUUUUCAUGUCCACGUGCAAGACGAAGGCGCCGGCGGGCUACUGUUGGACUGCAUGAUGGGCGUGUCCGCGGACACCAUCGUGCUGCUGGAGCACAGCUCGCGCCAGAUCAUCCUGGUCGUGCCCACAUCCUCGCUGCUGGGUUGGGUGGUAAGCGGCGGCUGGACGCGCAUAUACUACCACCUGGGGGAGAGCGUGCGCGUGCGCGGGUCGUGCGAGGCGCUGCUGCGGCGGCUGGCGGCCGUGGCGCCGCCGCUCGCGCAGCAGCUGGCCGAGCUCGCGCUCGAGCGCAGCGCCUCGCAUCAGCUAGGUUUCCACGUGCAGCCGGACGGGCUGGUGACGGCGGUGGAGAGCGGCGGCGCGGCGGCGCGCGCAGGCGUGCGACGCGGCGCGCGGCUGCUGGAGGUGUGUCGCGCGGCUGUGGUGGCGCUGCACCACGACCAGCUCGUGGACCUGCUGAAGACCUCCGCGCCCGUCACGGUGACACUAACGUUCGCGAGUAGCGGUCGCUGCUCGUGCGCGUGCGCCGCGGAGGACAGCGUGGCGGCCGCGCGCGCCGACGCGCAACAACCUGCGCGUGCGCGCCGCGCGCACAGCGGUCAUUCACCCCCAAGGUCUGACUCCUCGGGUUACGGCACCGGUGGGUCGGGUCGCAGCGCGCGGCAGUCGCCGGGCGCGGAGGCGCUGCGUCGCCGCUCGCCCGCUCUCAGGCACAACGCGCGCCACAAGCGGGCCUCCGCCAACACUAGCUCGCUCACGGAGGAACUGAUGCGUCUAAUGGAUGCGGAACUUGGGGACGGACGCUCAAACAGCGUCGCGAGUACAGUCGUAGCCAAUACGCCCACUUCGCCAAGCGUAGCAUCUACGACCACACCUACGAGCGUAGCGCCUACGAGCACAGCGGCUACGAGCGUGGCUACGAGCGUAGCGCCUGCGAUGAGCCGCACGCCUCCGUUGCCGCUGCCGGACGCCGGCGCCUUGGACUGGGCCACACUUGUGCAUACGGCCACAAGAGCUAUGCUGCAGAUUUGCGAAGAACAUCAGUAUCCAUCCAUUGAUAACACCGAACCAUCUCUGGACACAAUAGCCACUGAAUCACUGCACAGUUCUUGGCCGGAUAUACCUAGUACGGAUACGAACAACGACAGUUCCACAACAUCCUUGGGCAGCAGCGACUGCAGCUGCGGGCUCGCCGCGCGCGUGUCCGCGCUGCAGGCGGAGGCCGGCAGCGCUCAGCGGCAGCGCGACCAACUGCAAGACGAGGUCCGUCGGCUGCGGCGCACCAACGCGCGGCUCCGCGAGGAGUCAGCGCGCGCGGUGUGGCAGCUGCGGCAGUUCACGCACUGGCUCAAGCGCACCGUCGACCGCCAGUGACCUGUCUAUCGUACUUACAACGUACACAUAGAUAACACUACACAAGUCUGUCAAGAAAGUUAAGAAAUCAAAUGAGAGUGCUGUCUCUGAGCGAUGUUACAACAUACACUGAGAUAAAUUUAUGAUGUGGGCUGUCAAGAAAGUGGUAUCAUUUUCUUGACUUUUUUUGGCGACUUGAGUAAAAUCUGACACCAGUGUUAGCAAUGAACACACUCGAAAAGAAGAAGAAGAGAGUGAAAUAAUCAAAUUAGGACUCUGUCUCCUAAUGGCUGGCAAACUUCGAUAAUGAUGUGUUACAACGUACACAGUUAUAACUAUACACUUCCUAAAGAUAAAUUAAUGAUGGCAAGAUAUUGCCGCUCUAAUAGGGUUAUUCAACAAAUAAAAUCGGAUACUUUUUUUCGAAAUAUCAAAUAAAAUAAUUUAUAGAAAACAUGACAAUGAAAAUGGGUGACGUAACUUAUUAUAGUCAAACUAUUCCAAGUAUGCUUUGAUAAUAACUAAUAAAUUUAAAAUACUAUGUGCAUCUAUACGUAAAUGUAUUUACGUUUUAUCUCACUGUCCGCCGCGCAUUGCGUAUAGGUAAAUUACACAGCUGCGCACCUUAUGGUAUCGCUGAUAAAGGACGUAAGAAGUUCAGUAACAUUAUAUUUUAGACAAAAACUUGAUACGAGUCACGGGUAAAUAAUAUUUUGGUGGUUUAUAUUAACUAUCUAUUCUCUUUCUCAUUAAAAGAAAUUACUCUUUUUAUACUUAAGUAAUAAAGUAUAAAUGAUUUAAUUUUAUUAUAUAAUCCAUUGAAAACCGAUCAAAUUUGAUUGGGAAAAGUGCUUCGUGAAGAAUAUUCACUCAUCUCGCUGAAAAGUAAUAUGCGCAAAAGACCGUCGCAAAAUAGUUGUUUAUUUUUAAAAACAGUGUUUUCUUCAUGCUUAUAUUAAAAUUAUAAACGAUUAUGAAAGUCAGGUUAUUUCUGCAUACCAUAUAGAUUCUCGACAGGUCUUCGCGCAUAUUUUCCUUUCGCAAGUUUCCAAGUAGGUAUUUAUGAAUAGGUGAUAAAUAAAUUAUACUCAAUAUCUUAUGAAUUUUGUGCCUUUUCUGUGCUUCGUGCGGAGCAUUUGUUUUUGAGUAUUUUUCGUUGUACGUUGAACAUGUAAUAUUCAACUGUUAAUUACUAUUAUAAUGUAGAAUAAAAAUAUAUUUUAUUCUAUUAGAUGUUAAUGUUUGAGUUUGCAUAUUGUUGUAUUUGUACGCGACGUUAAAAUAUAGAAUAUGUAUACUUAUAAUACUCAAAUAUGUCUUUGAGUAAAUAAUAAAACACCAAAAAAUAUAAUUACCUUCUAAUAAAAAUGUAAUAGUUUUGGUGAUUUAAUAUUUUGGAAAUAGAAGUUUUGCUGAGUUUUUAUUAUUUAUACGUAAAGAAUCCACCGGUUCAAUCCAUAUACAUUUCUAGCUUUAAAAUAACUUGAGUUAUUUCGUUUAAUGAUACGUAGGAUUAUUUUUUUGUUUAUUAUGGUUCGCAUCAUACGGAUCAAACAUUUUUUUUUCUCUUGUUUAUAUGUGUAGAAUCUUGAUUUUGAGAAUUAAAAAAAAAACGAAAGUCCAUGUUUCGUUUAUUAUAAAUUCUCAUUUUGUCUUUCAAAUACAAUAUAGGUAUUUAUUUGCAUUUGACGGAUACGUACGAUGCGGAUCAUUGGGAUGUAUUUACACUCCUAAAGUUUUAACUCCGAAUUUUUGUUUUUCAUUUUCAUGUAUAUCUUAGUAAUCAAAUGCUAGAAUACGAAUACUGUAAGGUGAACACCAAUUAGCCUAAGACGUAAAGUUAUAGUUGAAAAUAUAACACCGAUUUUUGCGGGAUUAAUUUAAGUAUUUAUUUAUGCAUAAUAUAAGUCGUUAUUAAUGAAUUGAUUGUAAAUGUAGGUAUGGGUAUGGAUAAUAUUUUUGACUAUGACUGAAAACGUAAUUAAAGUACUGCUAUAGUUUAUUAUUAAGAUUUAUUGAAUAGUUGUUAUGUUGUAUAAACAUACAUGAGACCUGCCAAAUAUUAUAACAGUAAGUGUAGACCGAAGCGCAACAAAAUUAUAUCAUAAUAUGCAUGAGUAUAAUUAUACGAUUUACAGUAAAUAAAUGAAUAACAGUGACAAAACAUCAUUCAUUAUGCCGUAUCUCCCACAAUAGUACAUUUAUAUUUAUAAUUUCUCACCAACUGGCAUUCGCUUCUAUUAUUCACAAACAAUAACCUAGGUUUUUGUAUGCAACUGAGAUUAUACACUGUAAUUUAGUUGUCAACAUUUAGGAGAUUUACCUACUUUCAACACAUACAUUAAUUUUACUUACAAUUAGACUUUGAUAGAGACUCUGAUCUCUCCUGGCGGGAUACAAAAAAUAAUACAUUUGAAAACAGAAAUGAAUUUACCCUCACAGUACAUAAUUUCCCCAGAUUAUUCAAGAAAUCGGGAAGUUACUGUAAACCCAUACAUGCUCGUAAAAGAUUAUACUCCAUGCAUAUUAAAUUAGGGACCUUUAUUUAUUGAGACGAUAUUUAAUUUCCUUUUGUUCAGUUUCAGUUCAGUUUGUUUUUGUUGUCAAUCGGUGCGUAUAUUUAUUGUUGUGACGAUGGCCUAUAUUUACGGUCAAUUACACAUAUUAACUAUGUUCGUAAUGUAAAUAUUCCAUUGAUUUUGAUAUACAUUGGUUUAAUCAUCAUAAAACGAAAGCUUUAUUAGUUUAUGACCUUAGAUAAAGUAUAUUAUUAGAAUAAAGAUUUGCUUAUUAUAGUGAAACUAGUUGACAAUAUGUUGGAACUGCCACAUGAUACUUCCUUGACUAUAUUGACUAAGAAAAGAACUAAGUGAACAGAACUUGAAAUACCGGUAGAAAAUAAUAUCGACAUGAACCCACGUAAUCUAUAUCGGUAUUCGGAAAGCCGAUAUUAUUCUUAUUUCAAUAUCAGUGCAUCAAAUAGCUACAUAUCGGUUACAAUAGCAUUUCAAUACCGCUUAAAAUAAAAUAUAUCGGUAUACCUUAAUUGUAAUACCGUUAUAAUAAUGCCGCUAGAUAUCGUUAUAAUACCGAUAUCUGUCGGUAUCGGUAUAUCUGAUAUCUGUGAUAUGAUGUCAUAUCUGUUAUAUGAUACAGUUAAGCUAUAUCGUUAUUCAUCUUUUCGGUAUAAAUAUACCGUAAUUAUAAUACCGAUAUUUCUUCAUACCGGUGUAAGGGUCUAACUAAAUCGAAGUUUAAAUUUAUAAUAGACUAUCUGAACUUGUUGAAAUAAUAUGGGUUCUUAUGAAACAUGCACAUAAAAAAGUCUUCCAUUUUUUUUAUUACUAACCUUUCAUGUCGCAAACGCUGUACCUAUUAAUGUUAUUUUUUAGUCAAUAUAGUAGGAAAAUAAACGUCAACAACGAGCCAGUUCUUACACCGGCAAAAUUAUAUUGUCUCUUGUUCUAUGGAAACCAAAGCCUUAUUAGAAGAAUUAUUAUUUUCCUGCUAAUUGCUUCGUAAGGCUUGUAUUUAAUUUAUUGAGCAUGACAUAUAUACUUCUCCUAAAUUACUUUAGUUUUUUUAUACAAAUGACAGUUAUCGUUCAAGACUUUACUUUCACUGCGCUUGCGAUGUAUUUUGUAAAUGUUACAAAAAUAUUCUGGUUUAUUGUUAUACAUUACCUACAAACUACUUUAAAUUAGUAAAUCAGAAAACUAAGGCAUUUAAACAAAGACUGUGGUUUUACGGUAUUACUGUGCCUACAUAAUAUAUAUUGCUUAGCACGAACUUUUUUUAUUUAAUGUAGCUGAUGUUUCAACAAGGUACCUUGCAAUCACCGCGAUCACAGACAGCCAGACGGUAAUUGUGGCUUGAAAUGGUGGUAGAUGCAGUUUUUCAGCAAUCACACUACCCGCUCUAGUUUAAAAGUGUGUGUCAGUCAAGCGUUUUCCAGUUACAAUAAAUGAAAAAGGUUCGUGCUAAGUCCCGUUACUAUAUAAUAUUAGUAUUGUAUUUGUUGGGCAUAUUGCGGCUGUUCAUAAUAAAUACUUACUAGCACACUGUUGCUUUUGUCAUACUUACCCAUCGAUUCCUUACCAUACAGUCUUUAAAUCAGUCUGCCACAAUUUAAACCUUACCAAAUUGGUAUUACUCGUUAAUCCGUUCUUCAUGCAUUUUGUUUGGUUUUAUAAUUAAUGGACAUAUACGCAGAUCUGAGCGAUGACAGGAUACACACAUGAUAUGUAUGAAUUAUUUGUUUCUGCAGAACAACUAUUAGAUCAUGGACGAGGAUUUAUCAGUGUUGCUCAACUUAUGACAUAAACGUUAACCAAAUAAACUAAAUGCAUUAGUAUUACUUUUUGCUACUAAAUAUUUUCCUAACACAUUACACUCUGCAUGGUCAUGAUCUGCUGUGUUUUUAUGCCAUACUAUAUGUUUUGAUUUUCUGAUGACUGAUCAAUACAAACCAUAAAUUUUAUUAUCUAUUGCUUGAUACCAGUCCAUACUAUGCGUCGCUUAUUUUAUAUUGCAUAUCUGUAUAAUAUUAUUUUUUACUCGUGUAAUUAAUUUUACAUUCCAAUUAAAGUAUUUACAAAAA